UCCACUGGAGGAGGAAGAGGAGUCAGAUGGCUCUGGCUGUUCCUCCUCUGUCCUUUUAAGUUCUGGAGUAUUUCGCUCUUAAUAAAAGAAACUGAAAGCCCCCUAGAGCCCUGCCUCCUUGGAUCAUGGCCACUGUAGCAGCAGCCCUCCGCCUGGAGAAAGAGUUGCAAGAGGAAUUGACUUGCUGCGUCUGUCUGGACUUCUUUAACAACCCAGUAUUGACUGUCGGAUGUUCCCACAACUUCUGCAGAGGGUGCAUCUCUCAGCAUUGCCAAAAGAUGAAGACCCAGGCAUCCUGUCCCAAGUGCAGGGGGAAGCUUGAUCCAAAACGCUUGGUAGACAACCGGUGCCUUGCCAACAUAGUGGAGAUCUUCCAGAAGGUGAAGAAGGCACCAGGAGCGUGGCCAAGGAAGUCGGCCCACUGGAGAGAGGACCCAGAAGGCCCUGGGCCAGAUGGACAUCCUCCUCACCUGCUUAAGGCAAGUGCCUUCUUGGAUGUGGUGAAAAUAACUGAACUCCCCCAACAAAUAGAAAGGGCCCUUGAGACAAUUGCCAACUGGAGGAAGGAUAGCACUGAACUAAUGGAUUAUGUAUCUUGUGUCAAAAAUUCAAUUGCAGAAGCCUUCCACAUUGUAAAGACACAUCUCAGUGACCAAGAAAAAAUGGUUCUGAAUGUCAUUGACAAAGAAUAUGUUGCAGCUAAGCAAAAAAGAGAUACAAUGAAUGAACAGCUUACUGUAAGACUUGACCAGCUUUUGGAGUUGCAAAAAGAAGUGAUAAAGAACACUUCAUUGGAAGAAGAGGUUUGCAUUGGUGAUCCUAUCAAAGAAAAUGAAGUUACUCUUUCUGUUCAUAAAAUUAGUAGCAUUGCAUGCACCGUAGAAGAAUUCAAAAGGAACCUGGUAAAAUUAGUUGUGGAGAAUUUCCCAGCACAGCGGCCAAUUGAGCCAACACCAGGAACAAGCGAAAUCCAAAUGGAUGUAGCAGAGGAUGAGGCAGCAUCCUCCAGUGGUUCCUCAUCAAGUCAAAAUUCAAGUCUAGAAACUAGCCACUCUUCUUCAACAGUGUCAUCUCCUAUAGACAGGACAGUGCCAAAUGUUUCAAGUCAGUUGUCUCAGUGGGCAACAGAUGUGACAUUUGAUUUCAAGAGAAUCAAUCACAGUCUUGAACUUUCAGAAGAUAAAAGGAGGGUGGUUGUUUCCCGCUUCCCUCCCAAAUAUGACUACUCUGCAAACAGAUUCCGCAUCAGCCAGGUGAUGGGGUCCCCAGGUUUCUCAGAAGGAUGUCAUUAUUGGCAAGUCAGCACCAAAGAUGCUACUGGAUGGGCCAUUGGUCUUGCCCAUGAAGAAAUUGAGAGUACCGACAAACUGGGGAGGACUGGGUUAUCCUGGUGCAUAGAAUGGUCAGAUGGACGGCUCUCAGCAUGGCAUGGGAACCAAGAAACUCACAUUAGCCAAGAAAAACCUCUGCAGGUUGGAGUUUUCCUUGAUAUUCCAAGAAACUGUGUAUCUUUUUACUCUCAAAUGGAUACGGAAACUUGCUUACACACUUUUGAAAUCAAUGUGGCAAAUACUGUUUACCCUACUUUUUGGAUUUUUGGUAUGGAUGUUGGUGGAUCCUUAACUAUAAAUGAAAUCAAAAAAUGUUGAGAUAUAGCAGCACUGUAAAUGUUUUCACACCAGCUUACCCCUGUUCCCAGAUUUUAGGAGCUGUAGUUUAGUUAGGUUGCACCUAGUAGUGUUCCAUCAUUCCCUCCUGCAAGCUACGUAGUUCCCUCAGUGGGAAUGAUUCCUAAACCAUCUAAAUUAUAGUAAUCCCAAAUGUCUACAUUGUAGACUCUGUAAUGUCAACAGGAUGCAAGCUAGAAAAUAUAUGGCUGCAGAGAGACCUUCAGGUUGGAAAUACACGGGAGCUUACAUCUGCUCCUAUAGAUGUAAUUGUUCAGUUGGUCCAGCUGAGCAAUACUUUUAGCUAAUAUAUCUUUUAUCCUUGCAGCAGUUUCAUGGUUGAGUCCACUGAAUUUAAAUAGUAUACCUGCGGAAAAUGGGGAGAAAAUUUUGAGAUGUCUAUUUUCCCCUAAACCAGUGCUUCUCAAUUAUUUUCUGUCAUGCCCCCCCAGGAAGAAGAAAACAUUUCGCGCCCCCCGCACGACUGUAAAUAGUAUCAUUUGUCUAUAAAAUUGUUAUAAGUACACCUCUGCAUAACACUGUAUCCUGAGCCUCGGGCCCCCCUUUACGGAGCCUCGCGCCCCCCUGGAGGGCCCGCCCCACUAUUUGAGAAAGGCUGCCCUAAACUUUAGAAAUUAAUUCAGUUCAUAAAAUACAAAAUUUACAGUAUGUUGAAAUACUUCACCAAUGUUUACACCUAUCAGAAUCUUACAUUUCCAAGAACUAGUUUACUGGAAAGCGAUUAAAAGACUGUCUUCUUUCUUUUAAUAUAAAUACAAGUUAAUUUGGGAAGAACAAUAACAUUGUUGGCAGGAACAACAGUUUCAUAAAGUUUAUUUUUUCAUUCUUCUACAAGAAAAAAAAAUCUUGAAGUUGGGGGCAGGCUGGUAGUACAAUCAUCAGAAUUUCUCAAAUAGCUCAGAAUUCCAAACUGUUGUGGUGGGUGAAAAGGCAAAUACAGUACAGUACUGUCAUUUAGAAAGCAAGUUAGCUCCAACUCUUUUCUAUCCACCUUUCCAGAGCUCCCCAUAUAAUCUCACAUUUUAUUUUAUUUUUUGUUAGAAAGAAGAUUCUUGAUCCACAAAAAUCUUACUGUAGGGAGUCAGUCAUAUACCACAAAAAGGAAGUAAGGUAUGUGCAAAGGAUGUAAGACACAUGCUCUAAAGUGGGCUGGGGAAGCAAACUUUGUUCCAUGCAAAAACAUUAUUAAAAUAUUGUAUAAAAUUA